GUCAAGAAACGGAGCGCUGAGUAGCCAGAGACACAAACCUUCGAGUCUCUUGAGACCUUGAUGUUUGAGAUGCGUUGUUCUCGCACCUCUCGCGCUCUCCACCAAUCCAAAAAUUGGGAUUCUGUCACGCAUGCACGCCGCGCUUGACAUUCCCCACAAUAAUAUUAUAAAUUUGAUCACCAACGACGUCUGCCCACCUACGAAACGCAGCUGCCGAAAGGCUCCAGUUAUCCACGAUACGACGGCCGACAGGAGAAUCAGACGGAUUUCCUAUAUACGAGGCCUCGGACUAAGAGAGUUACAACUUCGCGAAGUGAAGGAACCAGCGGAAAAUUAGAGAAAUGGAGUGUAGCGGUGUUCGGAGUCGCUGGCCAGGGGCCAACUAGAGAGUGCCGCCCAGCCAAUGACAUACUAGACAGCCGCGCCGAACACGAGUGUCGUUCGAUACCCAGUUGGCAGAUACAUUGGCGAAUGGAUCUUUUUCAGGCUCUCUUUGAAGAGCACAGCCCCAUUGGGUCAUUCUUCAGGCGUGUCGGAUCCAACUCAAGGUUCACUAUCUGUUGGCCAAUCGGAAAUACUCAGCCAUGGAAUACGGUAAUCGGCUUGCCUCUAAAAGCCAGCGUCAUGAGGUUGACGCAAGGACGUGCUUGGCCUAAAACUGCUGUCGUCGCUGGCGGCUUCCAAAGCAGAGGCAGCCUAUCGUGGCAUGUACAUGAAGUGUUUGCUCACCCGUAUUCGUUCUGUAGUUAUGCCCAUCCCGAGGAGACUCGAGGAAGAGCUACACGGUUGCCGGGAGCUCCCUAUAUUGCGGUCGUUAUCGCGAGUCCAUCGAGGAACUUCACUGAAGGGUGAGCUCUAGGGAGGCAAGUAGGCAUCUAACAUUUGUAGGUCAGGAUUUGCUGCGGGAAAUCUAGCCAACAUCGCCGAAACCCAGCAGUCGAACAAUCUGAGUUCUGCCCCGCCAUCUAUACAUCGCAUUGCGAUAUGCCGAAGCAGCGCAGGCACUUGGAGAUCUAACAGGGAAUCAUCAGCCUCCGCCGUACCUGUUGUACAAUGACAGGUUAUCUGAACGCCAAGCACUCAUACCCCUAGGCUUCCUGCACAAUAGAAGUGAAGACAAAACACGUCGUUUCUGACAACAAGCUUCGGUGUCGUGAGUGUGGAUUACACAUGACGACGCGAGCCCUCGAUCAAGAGGUGGAGU